UAAAUUCGACGUGAGUGCGAUCGACACUCUCACAGGUCUCUGGUCGACGCAACAAAAUGGUCUCCAAGGUGCAGCUGCUGACGCUGCUGGCGACGGUCGCCGUCAGCCUUGCCCAGAACACGCGCGGAGGCGGAGGCUUCGUCGGCGUCAUCGCUGGUGGUUUCGGCGGCGGCGGCGGGCUGUGGCGGCGGCGCGGCUGCGGCGGAGGUUUCGGUGGCGGUGGUUGCAGCGGCGGCGGCUGCGGCGGAGGUUUUGGCGGCGGCGGCGGGGGCUGCCGGUACUGGUGCAGAACCAAUUUCGGCCAGUACUACUGCUGCGAGGGCGGCGGAAGCAACAACGUACACUAUCCUGUUGUAAAGCCUGGCAGAUGCCCGCCCGUGCGCCCGCAGUGCCCGCCCGUGAGGACCUUCCGCCCUCCGUCCACGUGCAGCAGUGACUCCAGCUGUGGCGGCUCCGACAAGUGCUGUUACGACACGUGCCUUCGACAUCACACCUGCAAGCCGCCCAACUUUUACGGCUGAUCCUCCCGCCCGAAGCCCCGUGGGUGGGUCGUGGGCGGGUCCGGCGCGGCGUGGUCAGCCUGGGUCCCUAACCCGCGGGACGCGCCCUGCGGCAGCCCUGACCGCGGGUUAGGGACGCGGUUCGAAAAGGUUUCGGGUCAGCUCUUCCAACGGCUCUUCGCCCCUCCCUUGCGUGAAUAAAAGUGCGAGGGAACUGA